UUUCUGAGCAUGUGCGGUGCUCAGUUUACACCAUAUGCUUUUCAGUGCAAAGUGAGUGCUGGUCACGAUUUGUGCUUCUCAACUUCGGUUAUGGCGACGUAUCCAGGUAUGAAUUUGCGUGGUGAGGUUCGAGAGAGUGUUUCUUUAGAUGAAGACGAUCUUAGUGAUGUGGAGGAUGAGGUUUUUAUUCGUGAUGGUAAAAGCGGCUACAAAUUCGAGGAUAUGAGCGUUAAAAAACCCCUAAUGGCGCCGCGACGCAAAACGGGCAGAUCAGAUUUGGGGGCUCGGAUUAAGAAUCGACCGCACUGCAAGUCAAUUUGUAAAAUAUGCUGUUACGCGUUCAUCGCUUUAAGUGUUCUCGUAGGCCUUAUUAUAUUAGUAAUCAUACUAGUCUCACUAUUCCCGAUACCUUUGGACAAACUAAAGCUGUGGAUAGUUUCGAACACUAGUAGCGAUUCGAUACAGCUAGUACCGUGUAGCGACUUCCGGGUGACGGACGUCUGGAGCGCCACGUUUCCAAAUUUCAUGUCCGAAUCAUCGGUUCAGAUUCUCGACGUCAAUCAGGACGAGGUCGACGAUGUUAUCUUCGGUUUUAGAACCGGCGAAGAUAAUACGCUACCGCAGGAAUUGUACUGCGCAACGUUUUUCGGUGUAACUCCGCCUUGCUCCGGAGGAAUUUUGGCGUUAAAUGGAACAAACGGUAGCACCUUAUGGCGGACUUGGGUAAAUCAGUCUGUUUUUACAGUUAUCUGUACUACCGACAUCAACGCAGACAAUGUUAGUGAUUGUUUAAUCACUGGAAAGGGAGGGAUUUUCUUCAUGCUUGACCCACGAAAUGGUUCUAUUAUAUGGGAAUUCCUGGACCAAACCAAAGAUGUCAAACUAGUGAUGGACAUUUAUUGGGCGAACUUCAUUCCCGACCAGGAUGGCGACCGUAUUCCCGACAUCCUAGUUUCACACACCUCGCAAAAGGGACGGUUUCGUUUAGGUCACCUACUCCUCAUUUCGGGCAAAACCGGCUCUCAGAUACAGAAGAUAGCCACGGCCAUCGAAAUUUACUACACCCCACAACUCGUCAAACAAGCGAACGGAAAUUACUCAGUUCUGUUCGGCACCGGAAGUCCGACGGUACCCGGCAAUCUGACCGUCGUCUCUUUGGACGAGUUUAAAGCCGGAAGUAUAAUUCCGAAAACGAUCUACCAGGAUCGUUUCAAGGGGGUGCUGUCACCAGGGGUGCUGGUGGACAUAACCGGCGAUGGCGUCCUGGACGUUGUGUGCGCCAUGUUUAACACGACCGUGGUGGCAAUCGACGGAAAUAAUUAUACACAAAUAUGGAAUUUUACGGUACCGAGUUCACAAACGUUAAGUAUACCGACACCGGGAUACUUCAACGGAGAUAAUGUAACCGAUUUUCUCAUCAAAUAUCAAACUGGUUCCGAUUUUCCUACUUACUAUUAUUCACAGACCUUCAUUUUAAACGGUAAAACGGGCCUGCCGUUCUACAAAUCGCCGGUUUUCGACAGCGUGGGAUCGCAAAUGGGCGGUUUAACCUUGGGCAUGGAGAGCUACGGCUUGGACGCGUUCGUAUAUUGGAUCGCCGAUUGUAAAAAUUUCGAAGGUCGUCAGAGUAUGUUCGAGUUCAUCCCAGGCAGCUCCAUCCACCAGCAGAGUCACGCCGACCUUUGCAAAUUACGCUUCAACUCGACGAUGUCGACGAAACUGUACGCGCUCAACCAGUUCGAUCAGCCGCCCGGUAUUGAGUUGUACAGUUCAGAGGACAGAGCCGGUUUGGAGUACAACAAUUCAAAACUGCCCAUGGAUGUUAUCAGGUUAUACUUGGAUCGUCAUCCAGAGGUGCAGUUUCAGUUACCGGAUUCGGCGGAGGGUGACGAUUACGAUCAGGGCCCGGUCGGUACUGCGACCAACAAGUAUAAAGACGGGUCCAGCUUCAGGCACAAGGAUAACGGUCAGGGAUUAAUACGCGAUUUUAGCCGAGCUGAAAAUAAGCGAAGGAAGAGUUCUGACCAGAAGCAGCCCAAAUUUGACUUAGAUUACGACUCCCCCGAAAGUUGGCAGUCGAGGAUUUCGACGUUUCCCAUUGACGAUCUUGGAAGCGACUACAACACGUACCUAGACGAGGACGCUUCCAGCGCAUACAUCAACAAAAAACUCGUCGCUCCAGCCGCUAACAACAGAGACCCCCGAAGCAAGUUUGCGACGACCCCGAGCCCGACGUCAACGGCAACUUACGGCAUAUACGAUUACAAGAAUAUCGAAAAGGCGCACACGCGCCUCCUGCACGACCUAAACGAUCUACCGAGCGACAUCUUGAAGGACACGUACUUUAAAAACCGCGAACAUCAACUGCGCAAGUCGCGGUUUGAGCAGCGCGAUUUGAAAUCGCACGAGGAGCGCAUCCGGGAGAGCGCAGACGUGCACAGGAUUAUCGAGGAGGAGAAGAAAUCGGCCCGUAGCGCGCUCGAAACACUCUGGGAUCUCGAAUCGGAAAAAGAGAAGCAGGAGCGCGACGACGGAAACUGGAGGUCAAAGCGCGACGCCAACUACAGCUUCACCGGAAUUCCGAGACUCACGUCAGUCGGUGCGCUUGCCUCGCCGUUCAACUCGUCGAAGAACGCGAUUGAUCUAAUCCUGGUCACUUAUUGGAUUAAUCCGAAGAAGGGCGCCCAGGUUCUUCUGGAGGAGGACUUUCGUUGCAUUAACGAGAAGCUGGCGUCGAAAGAGAACGUUCAACCUCUCGAUAAGGAUGUCUUGGAAGAAAUGCUCAUGGAGGAGUGCCUGGAGAAGCGAGGAGUCUUUUUGAAGAUUCGCACCAAUGACAAUAAUCUUAGUAGCGAUUUAAAAAAUUUCCCUUACUACCAUCAAGUGUCGCGGCUGGGUUUCGGCCAGAUGACCGUGUAUAGAUUGCAGAUUAGGUGCAUGUGUGAGGCUAAACAGGGUAGCAGGUGCGCAAGGUUUCUACCUUUGCAAGAGCAGCCGUGGCCUUCAUACUUAGGAAGAUCGGGGGAUGGGGUUUUUACGACGAGGAAUUAGAAACCUUUGUUGUAAGCGAAAAGUUUUCACGACAAAGAGUAUGGAUCGCCAUUUUAACUUUCAGUGUACGUUUAUUGAUAAGUUUAAAUUGCUCCACUUAUGUAAGGAUUAUCUCCUGAUUAUUUAUUGUCUCCACACUUAAUUACAAAACAAACAUACAUUUACCAUAGUUAUACGGCGUCUAAAACUACCCCUUGAGUCGUCCAACCUUGGAAAACUGGAUCAGUCUCUAUUUAGAAUUCGUGAAAUGGAACCCCAAAUUGCUAACGUUACCUCCGAGCUUGUUUGCGAAAAGGAAUGCGCGAAUGACAAAGGUAACGUAUGAAUUGUACAAAAUUAUUUUUUACUGUAGAAAUUGAAAUUGCUUUAAAUUCCCACGUUGGAUUUUGUGCGAUUGUUCGUUUUGGGCAAUAUUGUCUCUUAAGAUCGCACGGGCUAACGUUGAUUUAAGAUCUUACGAAUUUACUUUGUGUCCACGCGCGAACUUCCCAUCGAUUUCGACGGUCUGUCGAUUUAUCUUACUGUUUUCCUUUAAUUUGCGUAUUUAUUCUCCACUAAAGCUAUCCUUAGGUUUCAACACAAAUUUUACGUAAUCCCACGAACUUUACUCUUUAACCACUACCAGGGUAAAAAUCUCGCGAACUUAAAACGUGGCUUCCCGCUUGACAGCUUACCACAGAAUGUCCAAAGAACAGACUCUACCUCGUCCCUACUUCCUCUAUUUCAUAAAAACCACCUACAAAUUGGCGCUAAUAGGUUUGACGCGGCCAUCUUUAAUCAUUAGCCAAUAGGAUUCGGCCCCUAGUCUAAUCACGUGCGCAUAGAAAACCCACGGCAGUUUAAAAACUACAGCUCAUUAUGAUAAAUAAAUCUUAUUCAUCCGUUUUGGUCACGUAAAGGACAUUAAGAUUGUGUUACCGGCCGUCAGACUGGCGCUGCGCUGAUAAAUUUUCUUGGGCCAUUAAAUGGUUACGACGCAUCGGGUAGCCCAAAUUUUGGUCGAUACAUUCAUUACGAAUGCAUUAACCUGAAAAAUUAAAAAAUAAUCGAAAUUUCAGAAUAAACGACAUUCUAAUGAAACCACCCUGUAUAGGUUUUAAUAUCUAACUGAAAAAUCGCAAAAAAUUUAAAUCCGCACCGGGGGCUCCCGUUACAAAAGCGGAAACAAGCAGCCAUCGUAACCAGAGAUCAAAAUUAAAAUCCAGAAGGAGAAACCGAAACCAGAAACAAGAAUGACAAACAGAAAUCAACAACAAGAAGGCAAAAACAGAUUUGGAACUAAAACACGGAUCUGAAACUGGAACCAGAUGCGUAAAACCGGAGCUAGAAAUUGAAACUAAGAACUGGAAAAUAGAACCUGAGUGUUAACUUGUAACUUAAAAUGGAACUAAAACCGAAAAUAAAAACGGAAAAAGACGAUAGAAUUCAAAGCUAAAAUUAUAACCCAAUAUUGGAAAUCAGAGGCAGAACCGGAAGCAGAAACCGUAGGUAUUAAUGGAAAGUAUAAAUCCUAGUCAAGAAACCCGAACCAAAAAUCGAUAUCAGAAACCUGAACCGAGCCUGGAAAUUAGCAACAGAAAUUGGAUCUGAAACUUGGACCUAGAACUAGGAACCAAAUCUAAAUCUGGAAGUGAAACCGAAACAAGGAAUCGAAGAACGAGAACCAAUAUCGCAACUAGAAACUGAAACAGAAACAGAGGAUAAGAAUCACAAACCGAAGUAUGAAAUCGGGACGAGAAGUCGAACACUACUUGAACUUGACCGGAUUUGGGAACCGUAACCAGAAACCUGGAUUUAAUCGAGAAACCAUAAAUAGAUGAAAACCAGAUCCGAGAAACUGCACUCACAACGCGAUAUCGGAAACCCGGAUGUAGAAACCAACAUAAAAAAUGCUAACUAAAGUCCGGAACUAGAAACCGAAACUGAAACUAGAUCAAUGAAGCGAAAGUUGGAAUUGGAACCGAGAAUUAGAAACCGUAACUAAAAUGGAAACCGAAAAAGCACCAAUGUUUUAAACCGAAACUAGAAACCGGGAGUUGAACUGGAACCAGAACCAUCAGACACCAAAUCCUAUCCAAAAAGCAAACUAGCAAUACUAGAACUAGACAAAGAAACCGGAAACCGGAACGAAAAAUCGUAAUCAAAGGUUUGAAUCAUGAACAGGAAAUAAGGCAGAACCAUGACCACAAAUUUAACCUACAAACGAGAACAAAGGAUCUGGAUCUGGAAACCCUAACGAUAGACCAGAACCAAAAAUCGCCACUAGAGACCAAAAUCAGAGGAACCCAAAAUCCGAGUACUUAAACCGUAACUAGAAGACAGAAGGGCGUCGGGAAACCAAAAUCAAAAACCGAAACUAAAACUUGGAUCUACAAGUUGAAACUAAAAACUCUGCCUGGAACCGGAGUUAUGAAUUAUAACUGAAAACUGGAACUGGGAAGAAAAGACAAAGAAGAAACCCGAACUAGAACAAAACUGGGAAGAUGCAUCAAGAUUCAGAAACCGGACCCAAUUUCGGAACCGGAACCUGGAAGAAGAAACCAAACCCGAAAACCAGAAUAUCGAACAAAAACAAGGAACUUAAAGCAAAAAACCAAAGCUAGAUACAAGUACUAGAGACCAGACCGAACGAAAAAUAUGGACUUUGAGCAGAACCAGAAACCGAAGCUAAGUAUCGCAACUGGAGAUCAAAACCAGAAUCGUGAAGCAGAAACCGAACCCAGAAACAUGAAGCGGUAACCUGAAUAAAAAACCAGAAACAGGUUCGGAACGAAGACUCGGAUUUAAAACCCGAAUAAGAAAACAAACUAGAAGUCGGAUCUAAAGCCAGAGACCAAAAUCAGAAACCUGAACAGAAACGCCGAAUCCAGAAUCACAAAACCGGAAUCAGCAGACUGCACCAGACAAGCAGAUCUGGAACUAAAACUCAGAGCUAGAAACUGGAAAUGGAACGCAAAAUGAAGUUAGGAGAAACCUGAAAUUAAAACCGGAACUUGUCCAGGACAAGAACCGCUAAGAACGGGCAACCUGGAUUGAAGAUCGGGAUCGGAAUCAGGAACGGGAAACAGAACUACAAACGAGAAUUACUAGAAACAAGAACUGGAAACUCGCACAAUAGACAGAAACCAAAAAUCUCCGCUAGAGACCAAAAUCAGGACUAAGAAUCCGGGUACAUAAACCGGAAUCACAAAUUGGAACUAAAAAACAGGACGAGGUUGGAAAACCAACCAUAACUAAAACUCGGAUCUAGAAGUCGGAAGUAAAAACUGUAACUGGAAGCGGAGUUACCAAUUCUAAUUGAAAGCUGGAACUCAAACCGAAAAUAUGAACGGAAAAACACAAUCCAAAAUUAGGAACCUGUAUUUGAAACGGCGGGGGAUUGAAACCAGAACCAUAACAAUUCUAGAGAGGAUCCAGAAACCGUAACCAGAACCAUGAAGAAGAAACCAAACUCGAAAAACGGAACCUAAAACAGACACCAAAGCUGGAAAUAUCAACCAGAGACCGAAAUUAGAUACCGUAGACAACAACCGAACUCAUAAAUCCUAGUAGACUAGACUUAAAAAUCCUAGAAACCCCUAAGCUUCUAAAAGUCCUAAAGAUUCCAACAAUCCUAAAAAUCUACAUACAUAAGAGGAAUGAUCCUAAAACGGUAAUGGAAAUCCCGAAGAACCCAAAUACAAAAAAAAAUCUUAAGGAUCCUAAAAAUUCUAGAAGACCUAAACAUCUUAGUUUACUCAAAAUCCCACGAUCCUAAAAAUCGCAAAGGACCUAAAAAUAAUAAAAAAAAUUAUGAUGAAUAUUCAAAUCAUGCUAAAAAUCCUAAAGAUCGUAAAGACCUUAAAUAUUCAAAAGAUUUCUUAUAAAUCUUAAAGAUCCGAAAAUUUUCCAUUUUCUAAGUUUUUCCAAAUAUUAUAAAAUAAUGUACAAGUUUUUAAAGCGGUCCAAAAAAUCCGAAUAUCUCAAAGAUCAUAAUAAUUCUAAAGAUGCUGAAGACGCUAAAUACUCGAACGAUCUUAGAAUUCCGAUAAGAUGGUGACCCGUAUGGGUUUGUACUAUCAAAGCGGCCUGUUUCUUCUAAUCCAUAGCCUCGCCAUAUAUGUUUGUAGCGUCCAAACAACAAAAACUUGGUAACCUGCGAGUGUGACGCAAAGACGUUUCUAUUUUGCCCCCCCCCCCCCAUCAAAUUACCCUCAACUGACCUGAUUUUAAAAUAAAAUAAUACUAUUAUUACGGAUUGAAUGUUAAAAUGGCGUUCCAUACUCAAAUUUUUGUCUUGAAAGCUUCAAAAACACCUUAUAACUACAUGCCCAAAGUAUCUUAUUAAUAAGAUCAUAUUAUACAUUGUUAGCGUUAUAUUUAGCCCACUUUAUGUUGCUUGUUUAAUUGGGUUAAUUGUUUUUGAUAUCUACCAUAUUCUAUUUGGCAUGACAAUCGUGAAUCCUUUUGGUUUUUGGCUCCUUGCACUCGAUGAUUCAUUCCAAUGGUCCAAUUUCUAGCACAUUCACGAGGUUUUAGGGUAUGGAGUCGAAACAAUCUUAAUACCACAAUUUUGUUGGACAACCACUUUGAAAACAAAUUUUAGGAAGUCAGUCUUACUACCACUCUAGGAUUGUAUUCCAAUGAGAAAGAAAAAAAAAAGGCACUGGUAACUGGAUGUGAGCUUGUAACAGGAUAAUCAGAUGUGACGUGACAAAUCCAAGAUUGGGGCUUUUUCUUACCUAUGCAAAGUCUGCUUGUUAUGACCGCCUUUUCACAGUCUGCCAAGUCUAUAGUUAGCGCAAACAUCAUUAUCUUCGCGAAAAUCUCUAAUCUGUGUUGUGUCAUCCCACAUCCUAAUGGCCCAUCAAGUAUCAACCUGAAUGAGCUAUCGACUGCAGGGAUUUAUGACUGACGUGUGUUUUACAAUAUUUUAAUUUUAAUACGAAUCACGCACAGAGUAUUAAAACGCGUGAAAUAUAUCUACUUUUAAGUUCUAAUCUGUAAAAUAUAUGAAUGUAUAAAAUAAAGAUAUCCUUUGUA